UGUUGUGGAAGGGAGGGCGGCUGGUUGAAGAAAAACACGAGGCUUGCGAGUGACAUUGAGACCAAGGUUAAACACGAACCAGCAGCUCUGCAAUAGGCUGCCUUGGGAACAGUAGAAGAAGAAAAGCGUCAGAAAAUGCUGCAGCCUCGCCCGUCGCUUCUGGAGCCGCGGCAGAUGAAACCCGUUCGUUUGUGUUGAAGUUUCAUCGACGGGUGUCCAUGCUGGAUUCCGGGGCAGGAACAGCACUUCCUGUGCUGCGGCAACACUCUUGGGAAAAGUUCACAGUCCCUCUGCGUCCCUGCAUCAUGGACAGGACGGCUGCGGCGCCGACCCGCAGGGUUUCCUCUCUGCCACAGUUCAACAUCUCGACCUCCACGUUGGCCUUCGACCAGCAUUUCACCACAAACGCCAAAGGGAUACUUCUUCUGGCGGAGAUACUGACUGGCAUGUUGGUCUGGAUCCUGAUUGGCGGCACCGAUUACUUCCGCCUGUCAACUCUUUGCUGGGUGAUGUUUGUGUCCAUCCUGCUUUGGAUUCUGACCAUUUGCCUGUUCAUAAUUUAUCUCACCGGAGUCCACAGCAGGAUACCGCAGAUCCCCUGGACGACGCUGUCGCUGUGUUUCAACUGCGCUGCUGCUGCUCUGUAUCUGGUGACAGCCGUGGUCGAGGCUUUCUGUGUGGGCCAGGCCACCAGGGGGCGACACAACUACAACUGUUGGGCAGCAUCAGCAGUAAGCGCACAAAUGUCAAUGCGAGCUCUUUUAGUCUUUGCUUCGUUGUUAAAUAACUUAAGGCGAGGCUGCGCGUGGUCUCUGCGCGAUCCUAAAGUCGAUCAGAUGAUUUUGACGGAGGCCGAGCGUGGCCAACUCACUGCUUCCUGGAUGAUGAAAAACAUUCUCCCUCGUUGCUGUGUGGAUUUCCUGCAAUGUUUAAUGUAGGAUAACAGAUAAUAAUCAUC